AUGCCUGCCUAUCAGAGGCUACAAAAGCUUCAAGGGACUGUAAUCACAACUCUAUCUGGCGAAGGCUCUUUCAAUGGGCACCCUGCCUUGAUUUUUUCGGAGAUCAAAGGGAUUACUCUACGUGAAAUCGCAAACCUAGUCGAAGCGAGUGUCAAAGAAAGUAUUUUGAGGUCUCGUCUUGAGAACGCCUUCCGGGAGCUCUACAAGUACGGAGCCGAGCAUUGUGACCUGGAUCUGGGUAAUUUUCUGGUCUGCGACAAUGGACAGAUGAUGGUUAUCGACCUUGAAGAGGUCAAAUUUCCUGAAAGACAGCAAGCCUGGGAACACAGCAUUAAUUUGGGUAGUGUGGAUUACCUGAUGAGCAGAUUCAGGGAUGUGAGAUAUCCGCGUCGUGCUCCGUCACCUGUCCUGUAUUGGAUGCCUCACACUGGGGCUAGCGAUGAUAGGAGCGGCUCAAAAAUGCCCGGUUCUGCUGUCCCAUGA